AUGCAGGACAAUGGUACGGUGCGCGUCACAAACACCGCUACUGUCGGCCCACGAACUGUCGACAUUGUCGGCACAGCUACGCCCGUAGACUCUGCCUAUGGCGCCGGCGGUGCUUUCGUUGUCAGCUUCCCUGGCACGCCAUCAACGGCAGAAUGCCCAGGACCCAACUACAUUGUGCAAGAUUACGCCGUCGAUUGGGCGAUUGUGCAGACGCAGAAGUGGAACACGCUGUACAUCUUGAGCAGGGUGCGACAACCAGCCGCUGAAAGCAUCGAUGCAUGGAUUGAUCGCGCUGUGGCUUUUGGAUCGAACGCAUCCUCGAUUAUGAAGUUCAACCAGACGGGUUGCGAAUAG